AUGGACCCUGUAACGAUUCCUGGUCCUCCUGGGCUGCCGUUUCUGGGUAACGUUGCAGACAUCGACCCCGAAAACCCAACAGUCUCCCUCUGUAAUUUGACAGACAAAUAUGGGCCAAUAUGGAAGUUCUCAAUGGCUGGCGCAGAACGCAUCGUCAUUGCCUCACAGGCCUUGAUGGACGAAGUUUCCGACGAAGAACGCUUCUCCAAGGUUGUUGCAGCAGCGCUCGAACAGGUGCGCAAUGGUAUACACGAUGGGCUGUUUACGGCACAUGGGCCUCGUGAACAGAACUGGGGCAUCGCACACCGCGUCCUCCUUCCUCAGCUUGGGCCUCUGGCUAUUCGCAAUAUGUUCGACGAAAUGCACGAUAUUGCAUCACAACUCGUCUUGAAGUGGGCACGACACGGCCCUGAGCCUAUCCUUGCGACCGACGACUUCACAAGGCUGACGCUUGACACACUCGCACUGUGCGCUAUGGACUACCGCUUCAAUUCUUAUUACUCCGAACAUAUGCACCCAUUUGUGGAAGCAAUGGCCGACUUCUUGAAAGUUAGCGGAGACCGGGCAAGACGAGACGUCGUCUCACAGAUGUUUUAUCGUGCUGAGACCCAGAAGUAUUGGACUGACAUCGAGCUCCUACGAAGGACAAGCCAGGACGUGAUCGACACAAGGAGGAAACACCCAGUCGAGAAAAAGGAUCUGCUGAACGGCAUGCUGAAUGGGGUAGAUCCGAAGACUGGUGAGAAGAUGACUGAGGGGAGUGUGAUUGACAACAUGAUUACGUUCCUCAUUGCCGGCCACGAGACGACUUCCGGAUUGCUGUCGUUCACGUUCUACUAUCUUCUCAAGAACCCAGCCGCAUACGAGCAAGCACAGCGGGAAGUAGACGAGGUGGUCGGGAAGAACCCCAUCACGGUUGAGCAUCUUACCAAGCUUCCGUACAUCAACGCCGUCUUGAGGGAAUCGCUACGCCUGUCGCCAACUGCCCCAGCCAUCUCGCUCACUGCGAAAGAAGACACUGUGCUUGGCGGAAAAUACCCCGUCAAGGCUGGAACCCCAAUAGUUGCCCUCUUUCCCAAGGUGCAUCGUGAUCCUCUUGUAUAUGGAGAAGAUGCCGAGGAGUUCAGGCCGGAGCGUAUGCUCGACGAGGAGUUUGACCGCCGCAACAAGGAAUACCCCAAUUGCUGGAAGCCCUUCGGUAAUGGGAUGCGAGCCUGUAUUGGAAGACCUUUUGCGUGGCAAGAGGCUUUGUUGGUGGUUACUAUGCUGCUGCAGAACUUCAACUUCUCUAUGGACGAUCCAUCGUACCAACUGCAUAUCAAACAGACACUCACCAUCAAGCCAAAAGACUUCUAUAUGCGCGCCCAUCUACGAAAUCAUAUCUCAGCUACAAACCUCGAACGGGCUCUCUCCGCAACCACCAUCGACGACUCACGAUCAAAGGCUAAUGCGCCACGAACCAGUGCGAAGGCGACUGGCAAAGGCAAGCCGAUGGCCAUAUACUAUGGCUCAAACACCGGAACAUGCGAGGCUCUUGCAAACCGGUUGGCUGAUGACGCUGCAAGUCAUGGGUUCAAAGUUGAUGCAUUGGGCACUCUGGACGCCGCGAGAGAGAAUCUGCCGACAGACAAGCCUGUCGUCAUUAUCACGGCGUCAUAUGAGGGUCAGCCAGCUGACAAUGCAGCGCACUUCGUGAACUGGGUUGGGACACUCAAGGGCACAGAGAUGGAAAAUGUCUCGUACGCGGUAUUCGGCUGCGGCCACCGUGAUUGGGCCAAGACAUUCUUGAAGAUACCACGGACUCUCGAUACUUCGUUGAAGGAGCGUGGCGGUACACAGAUUGUGGAGAUGGGCAAUACGGAUGCCGCACAAGGGGAUAUCUUUACAGACUUCGAAACCUGGGAAGACAAGCAACUGUGGCCUGCCAUGCGCGAGAAGUAUGGCUCAGCCGAAACAGAGGGCGAGGGGUCGCUUGAGGCCACUAUCGAUGUCGAAGUCUCCACGCCGCGAUCAUCGACGCUGCGUCAGGACGUUCGCGAGGCUCGCGUUGAGGAGGUUGAAGUCCUCUCGGGCUCUGGUGUUACCGAGAAGAGGCACAUCGAGAUCAGUCUUCCAUCGGGUAUGACGUAUUCCGCUGGAGACUAUCUUGCCCUUCUACCACUCAAUCCCAAGGACAAUAUCCAUCGCGCGAUGAGGUACUUCGGUCUUUCGUGGGAUAGUAUGCUUACAAUUACCUCUGCCGGCCCGACUACAUUACCUGUCGAUACGCCCACCAGCGCGAUGGACGUUCUUGGUGCGUACGUCGAGCUUGCACAACCCGCCAGCAAACGCAACGUCCUUGCGCUUGUUGAUGCGAGCCGCGAUGAAAGCACACAAAAAGAACUCACACGCUUGGCUGAAGAGGCCUUCUCGGAGGAAAUCACAGCAAAGCGCGUCUCAGUCCUCGAUCUGCUUGAGCGCUUUCCCUCCAUCCGUCUUCCCUUUGGCAUUUUCCUCAAGAUGCAGCCGCCUAUGCGCGUCCGACAGUAUUCCAUCUCAUCUUCGCCGCUCUGGAAUCCGAACAACGUCACUCUCACAUACUCGGUCGUCGACCAGCCGGCUUUGAGCGGCCAAGGACGAUUUGUUGGUGUCGCAUCCAACUACCUUUCCAACCUUGCGGCAGGAGAUAAGCUGCACGUUAGCGUGAGGUCCAGUCAUCAGGCAUUCCACCUGCCUAAGGACUCGAAGAGCGUUCCUGUCAUCAUGAUUGCUGCGGGUACCGGUCUCGCUCCCUUCCGUGGAUUCAUCCAAGAGCGCGCCGCGCAGAUCGCAGCGGGUCGCUCACUAGCGCCUGCCCUACUUUUCUACGGCUGCCGCGCACCAGAUAGCGACCUCUUAUACGCUGACCUCCUCAAGCGUUGGGAGCAGCUCGGCGCUGUAUCGCUGCGCUGCGCAUUCUCCCGCAAACCAGAGGAGUCCGAAGGAUGCAAACACGUGCAGGAUCGCCUCUACCACGACCGCGCUGAUAUCGUGAAGCUGUUUGAUGACGGCGCGAAGUUGUUCGUUUGUGGAAGUCGGGCUGUUGGAGAUGGCGUACAAGAGACGCUCAUCCGUAUGGCGAAGGAGGUGAAGAAGGAAAGAUACGGGCAAGAUGUGGAUGAUGCACAGGCGAGGGAGUGGUUCGAGGGGCUGCGAAACGAGAGGUUUGCUACGGAUGUCUUUGCUUGA